CCAAGCUAUUGACUUCAAAAUUAUUGCAAAUAAUCCUGUUAUGUUAAAUUAACUGCGAAAUCAAUUAUAAAAUAAGUUGAUUAUCAAGUUGCUUAUUUAUUUACUCGAAAAUAGAUGUGUACAAGAAUUAACAAUUGUGGAAAGUGUGCACUAAGAAUAUUUAAACAUUUCUGGAUCCCAUUCCCUGUGCAGAUAUUAACACACUCACAGUAUUGUUUGUUGCUUGGUUCUCGCGCUGCACUCGUUUUCGUGUUACCCCGAGCAAGUGUUCGACGAAAUGCCUGAACCAUGUAUUCUCUCACCGCACCCUAUCUUUCGGUGUUUUUCCCCCAUUUAACCGUUUCUUUCUUUCCUCCUAUCUUUGUGUCUCUACCUUCUUCGAGAAGGGUGCAACGGUUCGCGGGUUUAAGCGAGCCCGGUUUGGUUAUUGGGCGCGGGGGUUUUUCCAACAGGGGUUUGUGUUGGUCUUGCUCUCGGUUUUUGACGCGUUGUAAGGAUUGGGCUGGAGAUUUCUCGUCUUUGGAAGAUGAGAUUUUGGAGUUUAUGCAGAAAUCGGAUAACCCGGAUACGUUUCCCACAAAGGAAGAGUUGGUUAAAGCUGGGAGAGCAGAUUUGGCUGAAGCUAUUGUAAAAGAAGGUGGGUGGCUUUCUUAUGGGUGGGAUUUGAAAGAUGGGUCUCUUGAAAGUGUUGAUUUUGAAGAAGGGAGUAGCAGUGAAAUUGAUGGGAAUGGAACUAGGGAUUCCGGGGUUGCUGCUUCUUCCUCUUCUUCUGGUUCUUCUCUGGUUAACUUUUCUCAACCAGCUGAACCAGCGGAAAUAGUAGUUGAGGAAUCUGGCAUUGAGGGUAUACUGAAUCGGCUGGAAAAACACAGAAAUAGUUCUUUUGGGCGUGAAUUCGGAGAGAAAGAAGAUGUCAUUUCACCCAAUAAUAAUAUUAAAGAUAAAGAUAAACGGGAUCAUAGAACCACAAUGGAUGGAGUAGCUGCCAACCUUCACAAUAGCAGUAAACCAUCCUCAUUGAACCCAAUAACCAGACCUCUAAGUAGUUCACAGAUCAAACAUGAUCAACACAGAUCUCAAAUUGGUUCAGAUAAAUCAAGGAACUCAAAUAAGCCAGAGACGUGGAGAAGCUGGAUUAUUCAGAGGACUGGUUAUUCAGAUGCAGAUUUUGAAGAUGCUGAAAUUGUUCCCAGUGAUAUUCAGAAAGGAGGUGUGAGUGAUGUCUCAGGACGGCCUGAAAUUGUCAAAAUAGGAGAUUUUUCUCGCGAGCCUGUAAACAGAGAAACCGGAUUAGAUGCAAAUCGCAAUGACAUAAAAUCCCGUAUCCAGCUUCUGGAAUCAGAGCUAUCCACAGUACUGUACUCAUUGAGGUCAAACACCAGUGAUGUUACAAUGCUGACGGAGCAGAAGAACACUUCUGAUAAUCUCGAAAAGCUUUCCGAUGCUUGGGAAUUCCAGGAAACUGAAAUCAUGAAUGCUCAAGCCAGACUGCGUUCAUUACGUGCUAAGUUGGCAGUGUUAGAAGGAAAGAUGGCAUUGGCAAUAAUGGAUGCACAAAAGGCUCUGGAUGAGAAGCAGAAGAAGAUUGAUUAUGUCCACAAAGCUUUGAAACUUCUGAAGAGUACUUGUGUAGUAUGGCCUAAUAAUGCUUCAGAAGUAUUUUUAGUAGGAUCAUUUGAUGGUUGGUCCUCCCAGAGAAAGAUGGAGAAAUCAGAUACGGGUAUAUUUUCUGUGAUUUUACAGCUGUAUCCUGGAAAAUAUGAGAUCAAGUUUAUCGUUGACGGCGAAUGGAAAAUUGAUCCAUUACGUCCAGUGGUUAAUAACAAUGGAUAUGUGAAUAAUCUUCUUGUUGUUCAUGAUUGAUGUAACAAAAAAAUUGAGAGGGUGAGAAAAUAUCUGUAGAACACAGAAGAGGAUUACAAGCAUUAGGUUAGCCACCCAAUUCUUUUAGCCAUUUUUUCACUCUUGUACAAAGUAUAGAGUGAGUAGUUUAUUUAUUUGUUUUAUUUAGUCCUUGUAACUCUUCUAAAUGUAGAUAAUUUGAAUGAUUUCAAACUAAUCUUUAAUCAUUUCUAACACGUUCUUAUAA